AUCCCGCCAUCCUGGUCAGCCUCACGAGAUCUCCUUGCCUUGAAAAUGUGGCUUCAAAACAUUCUUAUGUCAGUAGCAUUUAUCGGCCUUUACUGUUCCGUAGAGGGAUUUUGGCUCUGGAACAAACCAACAAAACGCCCAACUUCAGCCAACGACAUUAAGACGCCUCUGAUAAUCGGUAAAUAGUUUGAAUUUUUUUUGUUGCAAUCAUGCCAUAGAAUAAGAAAUCGAAGCCGAAAAAUCCCAGAUCGUGACUAUUAGGGCUUCUAACAAGAACAACAAUAGUUUGAGGUAAUAUCUCACAUGUGUCGUUUGAAUGGCUUAUGUAUUUUACGUGAUUACAUGCAUUAAAAAACAGUUUUUAAAAGCCGGAUAGGUUAUAUAACACUAACUACUCUUUUUCAUACUUGUUACGUAAGGAAGAGGACAACGUACCUAGUCACGUCAUGUUUUACCUUCUAAGCACGUAGCCUUCAGUACGGAUACGGAAGCCCAGGGGGGCCUGGGCUUCGGUACUUCAGCGCUCCCGCCCAGGGAUUGGGCGCUAGAAAAGGCCAGAGUAGAGCAGGGUACAGUAUAGUGGAGAGGAGUAGAGUAGAGUAGAAUAGAGAUUAACGUUUCGCGAAAACAACGACACUGAACGAUAAAAGCUGUUGUAAUGAUGACGGUUUAUUCUGGGAAUCUUUAUAACGUAUAGAAAGAAAACUUAAAACAUUUCCAAUUCGAAAUCGUCACCUCAGAGUAUUAAACUGAGUCGAGCAAUGGUAUAAGAGCUGUACAAGGGGACCCCUAACUAGCACACAGGAAAAUAACACUUGUGACUACAGUCAACUACAGGCUGUCUCUAAGACGGACAUCAUUUGGACCGUGCGGCACUUGGUGUCCGUCUUAAAGAGAGUGAAAAAAGAGAGUAAAGAAACGGGCAGGGACCAGCUCUAGGUGUUCGUUUUACAGAGCUGUCGGGCCGUCUUAAAAAGGCGAUUAUAUUCCAUACUUUGUUCAUUCCUAAAUAGUGCCUGGCACAGGAGGAAGUCAACUGCAAGCGAAGCUCAACAAACCAAUAGCUCCUCACUGGUACUGUAGCAAGAAAACUGAUGAUUACUACACAUUGUGGCUGAGAAAAAGCUCCCUACUACCUGGAGCUAUUGACUGCUUUGCUGAUAACAUGAGGUGAGCAGAUAGUACUCAGAACUGAAUAUUAUUGUUUUGACUUUCCGAAGCAUAAAAGACCUUUAUCAGACUAAGAAGAAUGCGUCGUUUCCCUUGAAACUAAUUGCUCCUGGGAUCACAAGAAAGCGUCGAAAAUCUCCACCAAUCUGUGAGGGAAGAAAUUUGACCAUAAGCAGGCUAAGAAACUUUUAAGCUUAAAAUGCAAUGGAAAUUUAACGCUUUGGGACAGGAAUUGUAGGAAAAAAUAAAAAAAACCCUUUAAAAUUAAAUACAAUCUUCAGGUGGUUCGACAAAAAUCUGCAGCUACUUUCCAAUGUAUUUAUCUGUUUUGCCUUUUACCAAACGCUAUAGACUUGAGUACGACGAAAGUACAAAGACAAUGAAAAACUCGCCUGGCGUGGAGACGAGAGUUCCCGGAUUUGGAAAUACUGAUACGAUAGAACACCUGGAUACUGACAAGUUGGUACCGUAUUUUGCGCCAAUGGUAGACGCUCUGGUUUCUUGGGGAUACGAAAGAGGAGUAACUGUCAGGGCAGCUCCGUAUGACUUCAGAUAUGGACCUGGUUAGUCUCCCCCUCUAUUAUAAAAGCAAAAGAGGAGAAGCCAUGAUUUAAGGUCUCCCUGACAUGAAGUGAUUAGGACCUUGAUACAUGCUCUUUUGACAUCAUCACUUCACUUCUUUUCAUCAGAAAAGAUUUUUGCACCUUCCUCAUGAGUUUGAAGAAAUGCUGGAAAGAUCAGCUGACUUCCGGUUUAUUCUCUUGCAGAAUCACAAUCAGGAUAUUUUACAAACCUGAAGAAACUUAUCGAGGAUACUUACUCAGCAAACGGCUACAAAAGAAUUACUCUGAUGAGUCACAGCUUAGGAUGUCCUUACAGCUUGGUUUUCCUGAACAAGCAAACGAAAGAAUGGAAGGACAAAUAUCUUCUCCAGUGGAUUACCCUCUCCGGUCAGUAGAAAACAGCUAAGAAGUGGUCAAUCAUAAGACAAUCAUAUGAAGCCUUCAAAGUUUUCGUCCUAAAAAUAUUUCUCUAAGAAGAUCCCGGAAAAGCUGAUCAAGGUCUUUUUUAUUAGUCAACAAAAAAUCGGAAAAGGCGUUAUUUUAUCGUGAUGCUAUGUGUUAUCUUUAGGGAAAAAUGCAUUAAGUUCACUGAAUUGCAGAACUAACGGCGACCAACUUCUGAAUCAUCGAUUCGCAUAUUUUCGCACCAAAAUUUCUUCACAGUAAUUUGUAAAUCAAAUCAAAGUUUAAGUAAAGAAACAGUACAUCUUAAUGUACGAACUAUUUUUAAAUAUAUUUAACUUCAUCCGCUAUAGGAGUCUGGGGCGGCACGGCAGAGCAGAUUAGUCUGUACUCCUCAGGAAAUACGCUUGGUAUCCCACACUUCCUUGUAAACCCGCUGUCCGUCAGAGGUGAACAACGUACUUGCACAAGCAACACCUACUUGCUUCCGAGCCGCGAGCUGUGGUCAUCCGCAGAAAUUUUAGCCAAAACACCGGAACGUAGUUACACUGUGAAUGACUAUGAUGAGUUCUUUAAAGAUAUUGGCUUCCCUCUUGGUAUAACACUGCAAAACCUUGUAGAAAACAUCACUUAUCCGCUAACUGCGCAUGCUCCAAAUGUGACGGUUCACUGUUUAUACGGUAUUGGCGUGAAGACCGCUGAGAGUUUCACGUUUGGUGAAGGACAGUUCCCGGAUACUCAACCUCAGGUGACUUAUGGGGACGGAGAUGGUACAGUUAAUAUACGCAGCUUAGAAGCCUGCAAUAAGUGGAACCAGCGGCAGGCUUACAAUGUUACUCUCAAGCAAUAUCCCUCUGUGAAUCACAAUGGGAUUUUGAGUAACGAAAAUGCGCAUAAUUAUGUCAAGACUCUGUUGUUCUGAGAAUAUACAUCUAAAAAGAAACGUUUAGCUGAAACAGGGAAGUUUGUAAAAAGAAGUGAGAUCUAAUGGAACACCCAUGAGUCACAAAGAAAUAAGCUUUAUUUGUACCACACCUUAUUUUUGAAGAACAGUAAACUGAAACUGUUUAAGGGUUUUUAAAGUGAAAGACUCCUGAUUAAGAGAGGCGGUCGUUUAAGUUAUCUUGAUCGG